AAACAACUGCACUAGACAUCUCAAUUAAUUAGCUAAUGAGCAAGCGGCUGAGCUGCACUCAAGACAAACUACCAUGGAUCAGUCAAACAUUAGCAACAAGCACAUGACGAUGACAACCCUAAUGCUCCUCCUCUGUGUCAUAGCCAUUGCAGAUUGCAUUUGCCACGCCGCAGUGGCAGCCCGGGUGGAGCCAUCCACCACCGUCGGCAGAACUACAGGAGGAGACGAGGCGAUGAUGAUGGCGAGGUACAAGAAGUGGAUGGCGCAGUAUCGCCGGAAGUACAAGGACGACGCCGAGAAAGCACACCGUUUCCAGGUAUUCAAGGCGAACGCGGAGUUUAUUGACAGGUCUAACGCUGGAGGAAAGAAGAAGUACGUCCUAGGGACCAACCAGUUCGCCGACCUGACCAGCAAAGAGUUCGCGGCCAUGUACACCGGUUUGAGGAAACCGGCGGCGGUGCCUUCCGGGGCCAAGCAGAUCCCUGCAGCUGGUUCCAAGUACCAGAAUUUUACGCGCCUAGAUGAUGAUGUCCAGGUUGAUUGGAGGCAGCAGGGUGCUGUCACUCCUGUCAAGAACCAAGGCCAAUGUGGCUGUUGCUGGGCGUUCUCUGCAGUAGGUGCCAUGGAAGGUUUGAUCAUGAUAACGACAGGAAACCUGGUCUCCCUGUCGGAGCAGCAGAUUCUAGACUGCGACGAGUCAGACGGGAACCAGGGCUGCAACGGUGGCUACAUGGACAACGCCUUCCAGUACGUCAUCAACAAUGGCGGCGUCACCACUGAGGACGCCUACCCUUACUCUGCAGUCCAAGGGACGUGCCAAAACGUCCAGCCAGCCGCCACCAUCAGCGGCUUCCAGGACCUGCCCAGCGGCGACGAGAACGCGCUCGCCAACGCAGUCGCCAACCAGCCGGUGUCUGUUGGCGUCGACGGCGGAUCGAGUCCUUUCCAGUUUUACCAGGGUGGCAUAUACGACGGGGAUGGCUGUGGCACGGACAUGAACCAUGCAGUGACGGCGAUCGGCUACGGCGCCGAUGACCAGGGAACCCAGUACUGGAUCCUCAAGAACUCCUGGGGCACAGGAUGGGGUGAGAACGGUUUCAUGCAGCUACAGAUGGGCGUCGGCGCCUGUGGUAUCUCCACGAUGGCCUCCUACCCAACUCCAUGAACACAAAUCUUCAGAUAAAGCGUAGUAUAUACCAGUCCAUGCAUAUGACUGCAGAAUAAAGCAUGGAAGAUUAAUUACAUGCGUGCAUCAAGGCAUGCUACGUACUGUAUUAAAACUUCGGUACUGGCCAGAUAUAUACACAAAGGUAGAAUGUUUGUGUGAUAAUAUAGUAAUGCUUGUACGAAUGCAAAGAACAUGACCUUUCAAUAAUAAAUAAGAUUAGGCU